GGGAAAACGACGAGAGCUUCCACCUCCCUCCUCCCCGUCCCGGCCGCUCUCUGCAGGGCAGGCCCAUGCGGGUGAGGUACCGGUGACGACGCGGCGGCCCACGGCCGGAGACGAUGAAGGGGAGGCUGCUGUUCAAGAGCCCUCUCCCCCGCAGCUACCUCUCCCAUACCUCCAGCGUCACGUCCGCCGCCGUCGCCACCCACCGCGUCUACCAAGUCUGGAGAGGAAAGAAUAGAUUCCUCUGCGGCGGGCGGCUCAUCUUCGGCCCGGACGCGAGCUCCAUCGUGCUCACGGUGGCGCUCAUCAUGACGCCGCUCGCGCUGUUCGUCGCCUUCGUCUCGUUCCGGCUCGCCGAGGUCAUCGGAAAACCCCUCGGCGCCGCCGUCCCGGUGACGGCCGUGGCCGUCGGCGUAUUCGACGUGGUGGUGCUGGUGCUGACGUCGGGGCGGGACCCCGGGAUCAUCCCCCGGAACGCCCGGCCGCCUGAGCCCGACUCCUUCGCGACGACGACGACGGAGAUGAGCUCCGGCUCCCCCGCGACGGGCGCGUCGUGGUCGCUGCCCCCGACGCGGGACGUGUACGUGAACGGCGUGGCGGUGAAGGUGAAGUACUGCCACACGUGCAUGCUGUACCGGCCGCCGCGCUGCUCGCACUGCUCCGUGUGCAACAACUGCGUGGAGCGCUUCGACCACCACUGCCCCUGGGUGGGGCAGUGCAUCGGGCGCCGGAACUACCGCUUCUUCUUCCUCUUCAUCGCGUCCACCACGUUCCUGUGCCUCUACGUGUUCGGCUUCUGCUGGGUGGACCUGCUGCUCACCUCCCGGCGGCGCGGCGGCGUCGGCAUCGGCCGCGCCGUGGCCGAGUCGCCCGUCUCCGGCUGCCUCAUCGCCUACACGUUCGUGACGGCGUGGUUCGUGGGCGGGCUCACGGCGUUCCACUCCUACCUCGUGUGCACCAACCAGACCACGUACGAGAACUUCCGGUACCGGUACGAGCGCAAGGCCAACCCGUUCAACCGCGGCGCCGGCAGUAACGUGGCCGAGAUCUUCUGCUCGCCGGUCCCGCCGUCCCGGAACGACUUCCGGGCCAGGGUGUCCCCCGCCGACCCGGACGCCGCCGCGCUCUAUUACCUCGGCCCGCUGGCGUCCGAGUCCCGGAUCAGUUUCUACACCAGGGCCAGCGGCCUCAGCUUCGAUAUGGCCAAGGCCAGCUUCGACCGCAACUACUCCGCCGCCAGCGUCGCCUCGUCCUCCGACUUCGGCGACAUCUACGGCGCCGGCGGCGGGCUCGACCGAGUAUCGUCGCACCAGCAGCCGCGGCACUCCAUCUUCGGCGUUGGCGGUGGCGGCCAUGCCAGGGAGGGCAAGAAGCAGGCGGAGGACGAAGCGGACGCCGUGACGGCGGAGCUCGGGGCCACCAUGCACAUGCACUACGGCCGCGGCGCCGGCCGCACGCGCGGGAGGGAGUUCGGGAUGGUGUGAAUGUGAUCGAGCGCAUGCACGCAGGGGAACGAGGGGACGGGUCGAGAAGAAGCAGAUGCUGCCGUGUUCUCAGUCUCUCAGCUCGAUCGAGAAUGUGAUUUGUGCGUGUGCAAUUUUGCGUGAUGUGUCGUACGUAAGUGUAAGUCGUAGCAUCAGCUUCGUUCUCCUCGUAUAUGUCUGGAAAUGGGAUGCCAUUCUACUUCCGGUGCAUGGUACCCUGUAGUUCAAGGAUUCAUGUAUA